AUGCUCGACCCCAACAACGAGAGCGGGCCUAUCCCUUUCACAUCCAGCGCUCUGUUGGUGGUAGCUUACGUGCGGCUUUCGCUCGACAUAGGACCAUACCGCCAUCUAGAGUCGCGCGACACCGACGUCAUAGCCAACGGCCUAGCAAACCUCCCAGACAUUGAGCGCAACGACAAUAUACUAUCAGCCCUGUUGUACUCAACCCAUGCGCUCAGUAUACCCGUCAGAUUAGGUAUCGACAGGGUUGCGCGCAGCCAGGCGUUCUUCUGGAGCGUUCAGCAUGCCAUAUCGAGCUUCGAGUGCGCAAUCUUCCUUGGUAAAUGGCUGUGCUCUAUUCCUCGUCCAUUCCGCGAAGAGUCGCUGUCGCGAUCUGAGCAUCGAAUCCUUCACUGGGUGAGAUGUAUCAUCAAAGAAGCGUAUGCGGUGAUUGACUUCGAGGAUGCUGAAGAGACUGAUGGUUUCUUGACUGUACCCAGCGAGCCGUUUGCACUUGGUCUAGCUGUGCUGAAUAUUUGGUCAAGGUUCUUUCGCGGUAACACGCAGUGGCAGUUUGUUGUGAAUCUCGGGUUGAGCUUAGAGAAAUACAUCGCCAAGCUGGCUUGA